UGUGCGGUCGGGACAACCGGACACGUAGGCUACACAUUAUUUGAAAACAUACGUUCCGGUCAAAAAUCUGGCGUCUGGCAACCCUAGUUGGACAGCUAGAGGAAAUGUUAUUAAUAGGUCAAACAGAAAACAAGCGAACUUCGCGAUUCUUUUAAUCUCCUUGGCGAACUUCAGCAGACACCGCAGAGGAAAAGCAAUUUCAAGGGUAACUCUAGUUCUUGAAGGAGCUCUAUGUACUUGACUGGCGUAGGCUUUACAGAGGUUGUAUGAUGAUAGCCAGAAGAGGGUGCCAGUUCAUUGGAAAUUCGACAAUGCGAGCGAUGAAAAACGCUUGUUUGUGUGAAACGAGCCUACGUGGGAAAAAAAACAUGGCUCAUCGCAGUUUUCUUCAUAGUAAGGUGAUGUUGUAAAAUGUCUCAUCUGAGUAUAAAUGAGACCAAUUUCCUGCCAAGGUGUUUUUCUGGUUAUUAGCUUGAGCAAGGAGAAGUGGAUCACAACGCUUGACCUCCCUGGUUGAUAUGUGCUAACCCCCAGUCCAGCCGAUGGAUGGAGGUGAUCACUCUGCGCGGCGCCGUGGAAACGGGGGCGGGACUCCUCAGUCUGACCUCACUUUGACCCCACCGGUCUCCGCCCUCCGACCCGACCGCGAGGUCCCGACCCAACAGCGGAAAAUGAGGAGGUUCCUGAAGAGCCAAAAGGGCCGGUUCUCCCUGCGGCAGAGCAAGUCCGGCACACGGUCGGCUUCCAAGGACUUUGUUCUCUCGAUGCCGCUGUCGAAUCAGGGCUGGCCCGAGGAGUUUGGGUUCCGUCUGGGAGGAAGCGGGCCCAGCUACAUCCUGUCUGUGGAGGAGGGCAGCAGCGCCAACAUGGCGGGCCUGCAGGCGGGCGACCAGGUCCUGGAGAUUGAGGGGCAGGACGUCUCUGCCCUCAACCCCCAGGCCCUGGCCGCACUGGCGCAGAAGCAGAAGAAUGUCCCGCCCAGCAUCGGCGUGGUGUCCCGCAUUCAGCAGCUGGACAUCCCCCCUGGGCCUGACGGCCGCUUUGGCUUCACCAUCGUGGGAGACUGCCCCCUGCUGGUGGAGGACUGCCAGCCGAACUCGCCGGCGGGCCGGAGCGGGCUGCGGGCGGGGGACUUUGUGUUGGAGGUAAAUGGGAUCCCGGUGAAGCAGCACGAGACGGCGGCAGCCAUGAUCAAGGCGUCGCAAGGCCGCACGCUGCGACUGGGCGUGCUCGGAAUGGGCCGGCGGAUUAAACAAACCAGUGGAGGCAGCCUGAAGGAACCGGGCGGCCAAGGGGGCCUCAAGAGCGGCCUGCAAGGGAGCAUAAAAGGGCCCCGACAAGAAGGCUUGCUGAGCGGUCUGCAAGGGGGCCAUCCAGACAGCCUGCAAGGGGGCCAGCCAAGCAGCAUGCAAGGGGGCCUGCAAGGGGACCUGCAAGGGGGACAUCCAAGCAGCCUGCAAAGGGACCAGCCAAGCAGCAUGCAAGGGGGCCUGCAAGGGUGCCAUCCAAGCAGCCUGCAAAGGGACCAGCUAAGCAGCAUACAAGGGGGCCUGCAAGGCCAGCAGAGUGACAUGCAGGGGCCAGUCAACCUGCAGAGCAGCGACAGUGUGCGGCAGGAUCGCAAGAACAAAGCUGUGGAGUUCAACAAGAAGAUUGAGCAGGUCCUUGGGGGGGAGCCGGAAGUGAAGGAGAAGCUGUUUGCGGCGCUGAAGCAGUAUGCCGCUGAGAGGCAGGUGGACAUCCUGGCCUCCGCCCUCCCUGACAUCCUGACCAAUGAGGAGCAUCGGCAGCUGCUAGACGCCAUCAGGAUCUUCAUCCCGCGGAAGCACCGGGAGCGGUUCGACGAGGUGGUGUCGCAGAGCCUGGUGGGCCGGAUUCGCCGGGGGAAGAGCCUGAGCGAGCUGGGCCAGAACCGGCUGAGGCGGAGCCGCAGCGAAGGGCACCCCCAGCGCCUGCUGGUGUCCACCCGGGCCAGCUCCGUGCCCCGCACCGCCGUGGAGUCCGGCGUCGUCCCCCCGGCCCGCGGCCUCCGGAAAACCACCUCCCUCAUCGCCGGGCACACCUCUGCUUUGGCCCCUCCCCCCUCCAGCUGCAGGACGGUGCGAGUGCACAAGGGAAACAAGAGUUUCGGGUUCACGCUGCGAGGCCACGCCCCAGUCUGGAUCGACUCGGUCAUACCAGGGAGCCCGGCAGACAAGGCUGGCCUGAAACCGGGAGACCGCAUCCUUUUCCUAAAUGGGCUGGACAUGCGGACGUGCUCCCAUGAGAAGGUGGUGUCGAUGCUGCAGGGCAGUGGUGCCAUGCCCACUCUGCUGGUGGAGGAUGGGUUGAUGGGAUUCCCCCUGGUGGAGGUGGAGCCUCUGGAGGGGCGGGGCUCCCCGCCCCCUGCCCAGCGCUCCCCGGUGCUGACCUCCCUGCAGUGGGUGGCCGAGAUCCUGCCGCCCAGCAUUCGCGUCAACGGCCUGACCUUUGCCCAGCAGCUGGAGCAUCUGCUCACCCACAGCGAGCGCUACGCCUUCUGCAAGGCCCUGCAGGCCUUCUUCCAGCACCGGAACUUGGACACCCUCAUUGUGGACGUGUUCCUACUGUUGGACACACCAGCCAAGCAGGUGAUCUGGCAGUUCAUCUACCAGCUGCUGACCUACGAGGAGCAGGAGCACUGUCAGAGCAAGAUCUCCCGUUUCCUAGGUUACAGGGCCGCAGCAGCAGCAGCGGAGCCUGACCCCACCCCCGAGCCUCAACGGCGUAGCAGCUCCAUGCGCGUUACUGGGACGACCCACAGGAGCAGCGUGAGGGGGCGGAGCUCCGACGACUGCAUCAUCGGCACUCACCUGGGCAAGGGAAUACACCAGGAGCCAGCAGAGGUUGGGAUGGGGAUGAGGCUGACCCCGGGGGAGAGGCAGUCUGGAGACGGGACAUCCCUCCCAGAGACACCCAACCUGACAAACUUGUCUGCAGUGUAUGCAGAGUUAGAGGGUGUGUAUUCAGGGAAAAGGACCAAGUCUAAAUCUCUGAAGAUUCGUCGCAGCCCCGCCCCUGAUCCUAACCCCACCCUCGAUUGUCUGGAACCCGAUGACCUGAUACACCCUGCGCCUCUGCACUCUGAUACAGGAAGUCAUAUUUCGGGGCCCCCCAUGCCCUGGGAGGAGGAUCUGUCUGACCCUCAGUACCAGUGUUACUCGCAGGGUGGAGAGCCCAACCCUUACAUGAGUCUGGACAGUCCCCCGCCCUCGCCGCCACCCCUGGACUACCCCCCUAGCCCCUCCUCUCGCCGCAGGAAGCGCUUCACCUUCUCCCGCCCCCCUCAAAGCAUCGACACAAGCAAGUUCCUGGAUGCCCUGAACGAGCAGCUAGGCCAUCACAUCGCCUCUGUGGAUGACUUCCUGUCUCCUGAGAACGACUACGAGGAGAUGAGCUUCCAGGAUGAGGAUGAAGACGAAGAGGCGGUCUUCCUGUCACAUGACCUGAGCAGCCCAAGCGAGUGCCACAGCAGCAGUGGGGGUGGUGGGGGCGGAGACGCCAGCUCCCUCACCUACUCCUCCAGCUCGGAGCACAUCCCUCCACCCCCUCAGUCCCCACCUCCUCCCCCGCCCUUCAUGUUCAAUGACCCCCCCCUUCCCCUUAGCAUCACCCCUCCUGAGCCCAAGCACGCUCCCAGAAUGCAGAUGCCAUACCAGCGCCGCCACCCCCACCCGGUCCCUCCCCCUCCUCCGCCACGCCGCUCUUCCGUACCCCACCGCCAGUCCCUGCACAAGGUCCUGCCCACAAAGGAGGAGCUGUUGAGCCACCACCCCCACCCCCACCCCCACCCCCACCAGUCUCUCCCAUCCCUUCCUGUGACCCCGGCCACGCACAGCCACACCCAGCAGGCUCAUCCAGGCCACCGAGCCCACCAGUCCCUCCCGGCACGGCCCUCUCCAGAGCCUGCCUCGCCUGGACGGCCUCUCCAGGAGCUUCACCCCCAGGGGGGUCGUCAGCGGCAGCCAUCUCCUGAACCCUCGCAGCCUCAGCCGCACUCUCACCAAGCUCAAAAGACUCAAGAAAUGUAUCAAAUUGAACAAGCUCAACAAAUUUACCAAGCUCAACAAGCUCAACAAAUUUACCAAGCUCAACAAGCUCAACAAAUGUACCAAGCUCAACAAGCUCAACAAAUGUACCAAGCUCAUCAAAUUCAACAAGCUCAAGAAGCUCAACAGAGUCAACAAACUCAACAGGUUCAUCAACGUCGCCUGUCUUCUGAGCCCAUUCGGCAAAGCCUGCUCCAGCAAAUGCACCAAGCCCACCAAGCUCAAAAAACUCAACAAAUGCACCAAGCUCAAAAAACUCAACAUAUACACCAAGCUCAACAAACUCAAUCUCAGCAGAUUCAACCAAUUCGUCCAACUCCUCAGACUCACCAACGUCAUUCAUCCCCUGAACCAACUUGCCAACAUCACCCAUCUCCUGAGCCUACUCGGCAAGACCACCCACUCCAGCAAAUACAGCAAGCUCAAAAAACUCAACAAAUACACCAAGCCCAACAAACUCAACCGAUUCAUCAAACUCCUCAGACUCACCAACGUCAUUCAUCCCCUGAACCAACUCGCCAACAUCACCCAUCUCCUGAGCCUACUCGGCAAGACCACCCACUACAGCAAGUACACCAAGCUCAAAAAACUCAACAAAUACACCAAGCCCAACAAACUCAAUCUCAGCAAAUUCAACCGAUUCAACCAACUCCUCAGACUCACCAACGUCAUUCAUCCCCUGAACCAACUCGCCAACAUCACCCAUCUCCUGAGCCUACUCGGCAAGACCACCCACUACAGCAAAUACACCAAGCUCAAAAAACUCAAUCUCAGCAAAUUCAACCAAUUCAACCAACUCCUCAGACUCACAAACGUCAUUCAUCCCCUGAACCAACUCGCCAACAUCACCCAUCUCCUGAGCCCACUCAGCAAGGCCACCCACUCCAGCAAAUUCACCAAUCCUAUCAAAAGCAACAAGCUCACCAUUCUGAGCAAACUAAACCGACAGAUCUGGCUCAUCAAAUUCAUCAACAACAUCCAUCCCCUGAGGCCACUUGUAAAAGCCAUUCAAUUCAGCAGAUGCACCAAGCCCAAAAAUCUCACCAAGCUCUCCAAGCUCAACUUAAGCAGCAAGCGCAACAAAUACACCAAGCCCUUCAGGCUCGCCAGGUUGUUCAAAAUCAACCAAUUCAACCAGCUCAACAAAUGCACCAGACGGUUGACCAGAGUAUUCAGACCCACCAAACUCACAAACGGCACCAAUCUCUUAAGCCCACUCAACAAAGCCAUCCACUCCAGCAAAUGCAGAAAACUCGCCAAGCUCAGCAAGCGCACCAGACUCCUGAGAGUCUCCAAAUUGAGCCCCUGCAGUCCGCAUUCUCUUCAUGCCAGGCCCGCCCUUCUGACCAGUUGUCCGAUUCGUCCAAUCCCCCACCACCUCCGCCCCUCCCACCCCCAUGUGAGCCGCCCCCCUUGCCCGGCCCUAACCACACGGACUCGAACCACAUGAAUGUUAAGCGUUUGCGCUGGGAGCAGGUGGAGAACUCCGAGGGCACCAUCUGGGGACAGCUUGGUGAGGACUCUGAUUAUGACAAGCUGAGUGAUAUGGUGAAGUACCUGGACCUUGAGCUCCACUUUGGAACACAGAAGAGUGCCAUCUCUCUUCCAGAAACAGCAGUCCCCCAGUCCGAGACUUUCAAAAAGAAAGACGUGGUCGAGAUCCUCUCGCAUAAAAAAGCCUACAACACUUCCAUCUUGAUUGCGCACCUGAAGCUGUCCCCCGCGGAGCUGCGGCAGGUGCUGAUGAGCAUGAGCGCAGACCGGCUGGAGCCCGCCCACCUGAAGCAGCUGCUGCUGUACUCGCCCGACGAGGACGAGGUCAAGCAGUACCAGCAGUACGGUGCGGAGCCGCACAAGCUGAGCGAGCCCGACCAGUUCGUCCUGCAGAUGCUGUCCGUGCCCGAGUAUAAGACUCGUCUGCGUAGCCUGCACUUUAAGACCACUCUCCAGGAGAAGCUGGAGGAGAUGAAGGCCGGCUAUGAGUGCAUCUAUAAUGCCUCCCUGGAGCUUCAGACAAGCAAGAAACUGGCCAAGAUCCUGGAGUUUGUUCUGGCCAUGGGGAAUUAUCUGAACAACGGUCAGCCGAAGACCAACAAGACCACAGGCUUCAAAAUAAACUUCCUCACCGAGCUCGGCACCACCAAAACAGUGGACGGGAAGUCCACGUUCCUGCACAUCCUCGUCAAAUCCCUGAGCCAACAUUUCCCUGAUGUUCUGGGCUUUGCCAAGGACCUGACAACCGUAUCGCUCGCUGCUAAGGUUAAUCAGAAAACCAUCACCACAGACCUGAACGAUCUCCAGGACACCGUCCGUGACAUCAGAGCCGCCUGUCAGACGAUGCCAGCCACGCCCGAGGAUCGCUUCGCCGCGGUGAUGAGUGGCUUCCUGGAGAACACGCACCCGGCCGUGCAGUCGCUGGAGUCGCUGCAGCAGAGGGCCAUGGGAGAGUUCUGCAAGGCCGCCUCCUUCUUCGGGGAGGACAGCAGUGCCACCACCACCGAGAGCUUCUUCGGCAUCUUCACCGAAUUCAUCGGCAAGUUUGAGAGGGCGCUGAAUGAGAUCCAGGCCCCAGAGCACCCCAGGAGCCCCAGGAGCCCCAGACUGGCCUCUCCCUCUCCGCUGGCCUGGUGAGGCCACCCAACCAUUCCCCUGUACCCCACCGAGGCCUGCGUGCCAAAAGGACCACAACAGCGCCUAGUCACUAUGAGGUACAGAAACGACCCAACAGUUCCGCAGCAGGACCUGGUCAUUAAACACUGAAACAACCCAACAGAGCACGAUCUGAUCCAGAGA